AUGAAUAAAUCUUCCAUUGAAGGUGAUGAUUUUAUAGUAACUGAUAAAUUUUUGAGUGAUGAAAGUUCGGAAGAGAAUGAAAAAGAACCUCUUGAAAAAAAUAUAUCAGGAGUUAAAAAUACCAACAUUUAUAAAAGUAAGAAAAGCAAGCUACAAAAUGUUUUUUCAAAUAUUUAUGAUACAAAUAAUACUUUAAAUGAGAAACCACAAAAAAUUAUAAAAAAUAUAUCAGAUUAUAUUGGAAAGGAUAUUAAUUCAAAUAAUUUAAACAUUAGUAAUGAAACAGGGAACUGUUUUAAUUUUGAAGACCAUUUAUUUGGUAACAAUAAUUUAAAUAAUGAAAAAGAGGAAAAAAAAAAAAAAAAAAAAGCCAACAAAGUAUGGUAUGAUUCUGAUGAUGAAUUAUAUGAAACAAAUUUUGAGAAUUAUGAGCAAAAUGAAAAUUUUGUAAUAGAAAAUGAAGAAAAUUUAAUUGAAAAUGAAGAAGAAAAUCAAAAUAUAUUUGAAAAAUACAUUGAAAAAGUUAAAAUAGAAAUAUUUCAAGAAAAUGAAAACAAUUCUGUAUCUAAUAUGCAAACUGAUGAUAUUUACAUUUUCGAUGAUAAAGAAAUAAAUAUGCAAAUACAAAAAAGAAGAAAAAGAAAUAAAACAAGUGAAAAUAAUAUAUUUUUAAAAUAUUAUUUACAACAAUUCACUAUAAAUCAAAUAGAUGAAAAAAAAAUUAAACAAAUAGUCACUUUACCAAAAAGUAAUUUAAUACUACCUGUUUACAAUUUAAAUUUGUAUAUGCUUCAAUAUAAAGAUAAGCAAUUAAAUAUUCAGAAGAAAAUAUCAUUUAAUAGAAAAAUUAAAUAUGUAGAAGAAUUUAAUGGAAAUUUAUAUAUUUUAUCGUUUGAUAAUUUUAUUAGAAAUUAUAAUAUAGAAAAAGGAAUCGUGUACAAAAAUAGAAUUCAUUAUGAUAAAUUAACAAUUUCUUUACCAAAAGAAAUAAAAUUUUUUGAUAAUAAUAAUACGGGAGAUAUAGAUAAUUGUAAUUCAAAUUUAUUUUCUAUAUCUUUUAGUAAAAGUGGAAAGAUAAACUUAUAUGAUAAAAGAAGUUUUGAUAUUAUUAAAACAUUUGAGAUGGACCAUAAUUAUAUUGGUAUGCAUUUUCAUCAAAAAAGUAACAGUCUCUUUGCAUUAGAUGAAAAAGGAUAUUUAUAUAACUGGUGUUUAAAUACAAAUAAAUUAGUUAAUAAAUUAAUGGAUAAUUAUUCCGUAUUCCCAUCUUUUUUAAAUAUACAUGAUGAUUACUUAGUCACUUGUUCUUUCAAUGGAUUUCUUAAUUUAUUUAAUAUUAAUAAUUUAAAAAAACCUAUAAAGAGCUUCAAGAAUUUAACACUUAGAAUAAAUAACGCGAUUUUUAAUCCAUCUCAUAAUUGUUUAUUAUAUUACACAAAUUCCUUAAAAAAUGGGAUUAAAUUAAUCGAUUUAAAAACAAAUUAUAUAUAUUGUAACAUACCUUGGUUUAAUUCAAACAUAAAAUAUAAUAUAUAUGCUGCUAAUUUUUUUAAUAAUGGUAAUAAUCUUUGUUUUGCUGUUAAACCUAAUUCUUUUUAUGUCUAUGAUAUUUUUAAUGAAGAUUAA